UAUCUGAGAAAAAAAAGAAAAAAAAAAAAACCUUCACGAGAAAAGUACCGGUAACUCCCAUUUUUUGUGACACUAAAACUGUAUCUGUUUCUCGUUCGAUGCUGGCAAUAAAAAACCCAAAUUCAAUCCUUAUCGUUUCACGGUGGGCUGGAAACCCUAGACCCUAUACAGUUUUGCUAAAUUUUCUCUGAAACCUGUAAGGAAUCAUAGAAAUCCUACUUUCCGGAGAAAACCCUAUUAAUUUAUCAUCUUUCCUUUCAACCAAUAACAACGGUAGCACUAGCAGCAAGGCCAUGUCCAAUGAGCUAGUGCAAAAGCAACUGCCGUCGAUAUUGGAACGGUUUAAGGCUUUAUUGGAGCAGCGGGAAGAUGAGCUUAAGGUUUCCAGCGGUGGUGGUGAUCAUGAGGUGGGGGCAUCGCCGAGUACGGAGGAGAUUGUUCAACUUUACGAGGCUGUGUUAUCGGAACUAACUUUCAAUUCGAAGCCGAUAAUUACUGAUCUCACGAUCAUUGCCGGUGAACAACGGGAGCACGGCGAAGGCAUUGCCGAUGCUAUUUGCGCACGAAUUGUUGAGGUACCAGUAGAUCAGAAACUUCCUUCAUUAUAUCUAUUAGAUAGCAUUGUAAAAAAUAUUGACCGAGAAUAUGUUAGGUAUUUCUCUUCCCGUUUGCCAGAGGUUUUCUGUGAGGCAUACAGGCGAGUUAACCCUCACUUGCAUCCUGCUAUGCGCCAUCUCUUUGGUACGUGGUCAACAGUAUUUCCACCUUCUGUCCUCCGGCAAAUCGAGAUGCAGUUGCAAUUUUCUCAAUCAGCUAAUCCACAAUCGUCUGGUGUAACUUCCUUCCGGUCUUCUGAAUCUCCUCGUCCAACACAUGGCAUACAUGUUAAUCCUAAGUACUUGCGGCAGUUGGAACAACAGUCAGGUGCAGAUAGUAAUACUCAGCGUGGAAGAGGCACGCCUGCAGGUCUAAAUUUGUAUGGUCUAAAGCAUACCAUUGGAUAUGAUGAAUUUAAUUCUGAUCAUACAGAGGCUCCAUCCUCACAUGUUGGAGUGCGAAGAUUGAGCUCAACUGGAAAUGUCGGUAAUACUUCUGUUGCAAUUGGAGCUAACAAGUCACAACUUUCUUCAGCUUCCAGAGUUUCAAAACCCUUCUCACCAUCAAGGACUGGAUCUGAUAGACUUUUAUCAUCAGAGGUAGAUGAUCUUCCAUCAGAUUAUUCUCCUAGAAGGUUUGUUGAGGGAGAGGCUCAUCCUGUCUUUGAUUAUGGGCAUGGAAGAGCAAUCAUUAGAGACGAGGAAACAAGGGAGUGGCAGAGGAAGCACUUUUAUGAUGAUUAUCGUAAUCAUUCAGAAAGUUCUUUGAAUGCGUACAAGCAUACUAAUGGACAUGAGCGUCAAACACCCAGGGCUUUAAUAGAUGCAUAUGGUAAUGAUAGAGGUAAAGGAAUUUCUAACAGCAAGCCUGUACAAGUUGAACGGCUGGAUGUAAAUGGAAUGGGCAAUAAGGUGACUCCAAGGUCAUGGCAGAAUACUGAAGAGGAAGAGUUUGAUUGGGAAGAUAUGAGCCCUACAUUAGCAGACCGAAGGAGCAAUGAUUUUUCACUGUCGUCUGUUCCAACUUUUGGAAGCAUUGGGGCAAGGCCUGCUGGAUUAGAAUCUAAUAGUAGGAGCAGUGGCACUACUCAAACUCAGCUAUCCCUUGUAGAUGAUUCUUUAACAAUUCCUGAAGAUGCAGUCUCUUCACUGAGUUCUGGUCGUGGGGCGAAUCAGAUUCUGCGUUCGACUUAUCCUCAGGAGGCUUGGAGUUCCUCAAACCUUUUAUCUCAGUCAUCACACCCUUUCCAUGCCAAAGGAAGAGGAAAGGAAUUUCAAAUGCCCUUUUCAGCUACUGGCAUAUCCUCAUUAGGUGGUGGCAAAGUUGUCCCUUGUAUUGACAAAUUACCUGAGGGUGGUUCACAAUUUGUUAGGCCUCCUGCUGUUGUGCCAAGAACUGGUUCUUCUAGCCUUGACUCUGUUUCUGUUGGAACUCGGCCAUCCAUUAUACCAUCAACAACUGGGGUAUGGCCUCCAGUGAAUGUUCAUAAAUCUCAGCCACCAACCACUCACUCUAAUUAUUCACUGCAUCAGCAUAGUAGGAGUCAAUUUGAUUCUAUCAAUCCUAUCAACGCUGUCAUGAAUCAGGGUCAAAAUAAACGUUCAUAUAUGCCUGGACAGUUUGAUAGUUUUGAAAGGAAGGAGCAAAGCUUGACAAGGGUGCUACAAUUUCCUGAUCAACGCCCUGCCUUACAACAGCGAAACCAAUUGCAUGCAACUUCUUUGCAGCCUAACUUUCUUCCUUCUCAGGAGGUUCGAGAAAGUUUCCUUCCAUCUGCAACAGGACCAUUACCACCUCACUUACUGGCACCAUCGUUGAGUCAUGGAUACACUCCACGAAUGCAUGGUGCUGUCAUCAGUGUAGUCCCAUCUAAUCCAAUACCAGUUGCACAGCCUCCUUUAUCGGUCCCAAAUAUGCCAACAGGCUCUUUGCUUUUACAGGGGGGAGCCUUAGCCCCUCUUCCUCCAGGCCCACCUCUGACAUCUCAAAUGAUACCUGCCAAUCAUAUUGCAGGUCCACUGCACCCUAACCAACCACAGAGUGGUGCAUUUUCUGGUUUGAUUAAUUCCCUCGUGACUCAAGGUUUGAUCUCAUUGACAAAACCAACCCCCAUACAGGAUUCUGUGGGACUUGAGUUUAAUGCAGAUCUCCUCAAGGUGCGACAUGAGUCUGCAAUAAGUGCUUUAUACACUGAUCUUCCGAGGCAGUGCACAAUAUGUGGCCUUCGGUUCAAGUUCCAAGAGGAACACAGUGCUCAUAUGGAUUGGCAUGUGACCAAAAACCGGAUGUCUAAGAACCGGAAGCAGAAACCUUCUCGGAAGUGGUUUGUGAGUGCUAGUAUGUGGCUUAGUGGUGCGGAAGCUCUGGGAACUGAUGCAGUUCCUGGAUUUUUACCCACUGAGGACGUUGUAGAAAAGAAAGAUGAUGAAGAAUUGGCAGUACCUGCUGAUGAAGAUCAGAGCCUAUGUGCAUUAUGUGGUGAGCCUUUUGAUGAUUUCUAUAGUGAUGAAACAGAGGAGUGGAUGUAUAGGGGGGCUGUCUACAUGAAUGCACCCAAUGGAUCAUUUGAAGGCAUGGAUAGAUCGCAAUUAGGUCCUAUAGUACAUGCUAAAUGCAGGUCAGAAUCUAGUGUGGUCCCCCCUGAUGAUGUUGUACGGUAUGAUGGGGGAAAUUCUGAGGACAGUAGUCAAAGAAAAAGAUUGCGGAGUUAACCAUGUUAGAUCGGCUUCUAAGCUUAUGUAACUUAGUUUGAGUUUCAUGUUAGCGGUAUGCUCUUAGUUUUAUGUUAGUGUUGGUGGUUGCAGUAGCUUGUCAGACAUGCCAAAGCCUUGUACAUGUAUAGUUGAACUUGUACCAUGCACAAUAUCUUGCAGCAAAAAGGUUACAGAUUCACUCGCAGCCUUAAUUUUGUGGCAUUCUCCAUGUUUCUUUCCUGCAAAAAGAUCUGGAGGAACAUUUUAAACAUUCUUUAUCGUGUCAAUAGUCACAGCUCGAAUCCUUAAAAUGUUAUAUGGGGAGUAUUGCUCUGUUCCCCAUGUCUUUUGAGUUUUGACCAUGUAUGUAGUUCUCGAAGGAGCUUUGGAGGAGUUCCUGCAAUAUAUAAUUUUUUUAUUCUUUUUUUUUUUUUUUUUUGGUUUCUCCUUGUGAUAUUCUGCAUGGUAACAUGGCAGUUUCAAUUUGCAGAUGCUAUUAGAAAGUCCAUCUUGGCUGAUGAACUGAUUGAAGGCAGCAACAGAUUUUAUGAUUACUUAGGCUCUCCACUUCCUUUUCCCUUUGGUUGCGAAUUUUCAUGUAACUUCUAUUGGUUUUACUUGAGAUAUGGUUAAUGGUUAAUGUUAUGUUGAAUACCGGAUGGUUAGACUUCAUUUGUUUUGUAGAAAAUAAUUAAAAAAAUAAUCUGUAUUUUUUUAUAUUUGUUUGGAAA